AAAUCAAAGGUGUCUGCCGUUUCUUCCUUUCCUUCAGCCUUGAAGAGGACUCGACAGGAAGCUAGCAAUCUACCUGACCAACUUACGACUUCCGGCAAGAGUGUGAUCUUUCUCGAUGGCGUUCGCCCUGGCUCUGAACUGGCCGGCAUACUCGAGCAGUCAUUUCCAGCAGAUGGCCCCUCUUCCAAUGCUUCACUUGAGAAGCAUCAAUGCACUACUAAAGAUUCACAAGUUAAUUAUGAGGACGGGCAUAGUAUUUGUGUUAUAACUAGCGACAAAACAGAGGAGGAAAAUUACUGUGCUGCGAAUCGUAACGAUGCUGGCAUUGAUUCGACAGUAACGGGCACUUAUGAUUCAUACCGUACUAAAGAGACAAAUAUGUUAAAGAGUGCUUCUGUUCCUAUUGACGAAUCUUUAUCAUUUGCUUGGCCCGAAAGUUCCUAUUUGGUACCAGACCACUUCAGUCUAGACAGGCAGAAUCGUAGUACAAAUUUUGACAUCACUACUACUAAUUCUGGAAUUUCUUCUACUUCUUUAUUCAUACCUGAAACAAUAACGAGAAAAACUUCAGAAAUCACAUCAUCUGAGGUUAGUACGGCAAUUCCCAUAUUUAAUGAAGGGAGAAAAACUGUCAGACGAUUGAUUUUUGAUGAAUAUUUGAUACCUGCCGAGGAGGAAAUAAACGGUCAAUAUAGAGAAUAUGAGGAAAACGAGAUAAGCGAUGAACUCAAUUUCAAUGAGGCAUGGCCGCCACUUGUUGUGCAAUCCAGUGGAGAUUACUAA